AUGGUCAGUCCUGACUGUGCUAUUUACAAUUUGUUCAACGAGAGCUCGAGUAACUGGAAUAAAACUCAAUUGUUACCAUUAAGUCGAUUAACAAGUACAACAUCAUAUUCUGAUGAAAAUCCGCAUCUAUCAGUUACGGUCAGUAGUCAAGGCAAUGAUUCGGUAUUGCUAUCGAGCAAUCAUUUACAACGAAAGCUGACCCCCAAUGUAUCAGUUUCGAAAGUUCGAGUGGCAGAACGACCACUCAGUACAGCCAAUCCAGGCAUUAAAUCACCGAUUCUUCAAGCAGACGAUGAUGCAAUCAGCUGUUCUCGAAUUCAAUCGGGUACACGUGAUCAUGUAAAAGUAUCCCGCAUUAACUCAUGCGCAAAGGGGCGACGACGCAGUUCGUGUGGUUUAUUACCUUCGUAUAAUGUCCCAGAACCUGUUGAGAAUACGAAGUUGAGACGCAACAGCAUCGGAGCUGUUCAUCGUGUUCGAGUGAAUCGAGUGCCAACGGCACAAGUGACAAAAAAAGAUUCAUUGUUAUCACUGCAUCCUCGUCAAUCGAUUAUUGAUAGUACGAUUCGAUUGGAUGAUAUUGAUAGAGUUCGACAAUCGGCAUGUCCAUCAUCAAAGACUAAAGAAUAUAAAGUACAUGUGAAACAUGUACCUUCAGCUGGUCAAAAAAAGUCAACGAAUGAACAACGACCAUCGCAAAUUGAAACUAUCGAUUUGUCACUGUCUCAUCUCAUGUCACCAAAAUCAAGUAUUCAUGUUGAACGCAUAUCAGCAAGUAGAAAAAAGCUGAAAUUAAACAAGAACACUGCUCCUCUUGGAUCAAUUAUUGAAGAGAAACAGAAUAGCCAAAGACCCCAAACAGCACACGCUUAUUCGAAUAUUAAUGUUACAAAAAUACCACGAAAAAACACCUCUUAA